UUUAAUUAAUUCCGUUUCAACUAUACACAUUUCGUUUUGGGUGGGUUUUGAGUAAGCUUUGGGCCUUAACUUUUUCUGGGACCCACCUGGCAACCCUGUUUCAUGCUCACUACUGCGCAGGUCCCAAAUCAGCACAAGAUGUCAGUGGAAACGCCAUAUUUUCUGCAAAAAAAAAAAGGAGGCGCGUCGUUCAUAUCUUUUUACAGCUUAUGCUCCAGGUCGUCGUGCUGAUGCAAAAGUCCUUGAACAGUUAUUGAUAAUGACGUUAAUGAUCAGAUAAGUGUAUUGCGAUGCUUUAAAAAAAACAACAACAAAAAAAGCUUCCUUUUAGGCUGUUGUUUUGUGAUGAUGAGAAAUCGAAAGUUGUUUUGAGCAGCUGAAUUUCUUCAUCAGGAAGAUCUCAGUGUUGAUCUGUUUUCAAUGGCAGUUUAACCGCAGUAAUGUCAGAGGAGCGAGGAAAAGACUCUCUCUCUAAGAUGACUGUCUCAGAGAAACAGAGUGUAAAAUCAGGCUCAGGUGUGUCCAGCUCUGCGUCUGUCAAGAGUAACCGGUCAAAAGAUGGUGGCAUGCCAAAUUUCAGAGAGGAAACACCUCCAGCUACUGAAAGUGUAAAAUCAGGCUCACAUGUGUCCAGCUCUGCGUCUGUGAAGAGUGACUGGUCAAAAGAUGGUGGCAUGCCAAAUUUCAGUGAGAAAACACCAGCAGCUAUUGAAAGGAACCACAAGAAUUUCAAAGAGAGUCUCAUCAGUACCUUCCAGGAUAUUGAGAGCAAAAUAAUCAAAUUUCUGAAGAAUGAGCUGGAAAUGUUUAAGAAAAUAUUACAAAAAGAGAACACACAUCACUUUGUGAAGGACUUUAAUGAGAAUAGAUGCUUUAUCAAAGAAGCAGCUCUUGAUCUCACACUACAUUAUCUGAGAGAGAUGAAGCAAGAUGAAGCUGCUAAUGCUCUAGAAGAUGAGCUGUUCUUCAUUCAUCAACUAAAAUGUGGCCUUAAGAAGAAGUAUCAAUGUGUGUUUGAAGGAAUUGCAAAGCAUGGUGACUCCACACUUCUGAAUAACAUCUACACAGAUCUCUAUAUCACUCAGGGUGGCAGUGAACAGAUCAAUACUGAACAUGAGGUCAGACAGAUUGAAGUUGCUUCCAGGCGUCAUCAAUCUCAAGAGAUACCAGUUGAAUGCAAAAAAUUGUUUGAAGCACCUGAACAAGACAAGAAGAUCCGAACUGUACUGACAAAAGGAGUUGCUGGCAUCGGAAAAACCAUCUCUGUGCAAAAGUUUGUUCUGGAUUGGGCUGAAGGAAAAGAAAAUCAAGAUAUCCGCUUCAUAUUUCCUCUUCCGUUCAGAGAACUGAACUUAAAAGAGAAGGAAAAAUCAAGUUUGAUAGAUCUUAUAACUCAGUUUUUCCCAGAGACUAAAGGACUGAAUCUUACAAGAAGGAAUGAUUUCAAAGUCCUGUUCAUCCUUGAUGGAUUGGACGAAUGUCGCCUUCCUCUGAAGUUUGAUUGUAAUGAGACGUUGUGUGAUAUAUCAUCACCAGCCUCUCUAGAUGUUCUCCUAACAAACCUCAUGAAGGGAAAUCUGCUUCCUUCUGCUCUCAUCUGGAUCACCACCAGACCAGCAGCUGCCAGUAAGAUUCCUCCUGACUGUAUUGACCGGGUAACAGAGGUCAGAGGGUUCAAUGAUGCACAAAAGGUGGAGUACUUCAAAAAAAGAUUCACAGAUGAGAAAAUGGCCAAAGAAAUCAUUGAACAUGUUAAAAAAUCAAAGAGUCUCUUUAUCAUGUGCCACAUCCCAGUCUUCUGCUGUAUUUCAGCCACUGUUCUCCAGAACAUUUUGGAGGAGAAAAGAAAUAAUGAUCUGGAAAACAAUAAGGCUGAUGAGAUCUCUAAAACACUGCAGGAAUCAAAUAUUGAAGACACUCCCAGGACUCUGACACAGAUGUACACACACUUUCUCCGCUUUCAGAUCCUGCAGAGUCAUCGAAAGUACAAGGGAGGAUACAGACCUGAUGUUUACUGGGAUGAAGACGCCAUCCUUUCACUGGGGAAACUGGCAUUUCAUCAGCUGGAAAGAAACAACCUGAUCUUCUAUGAAUCAGACCUGGAAGCCUGUGGUAUUGAUGUCUCUAAAGCAUCAGUGUAUUCAGGCAUGUGUACCCAGAUCUUUAAGGAGGAAACGGGGAUCACUGUUGGUACCAUGUACUGCUUUGUUCACUUGAGCAUUCAAGAGUUUAUUGCAGCCCUUUAUGCUCAUCUGUUUCUAGACAUUGACAAGAAAAGUGUGUUUGAUCAAGAGUCUACAAAACAGGAAAACAAAAUUGAAACCAUGAUUGAUUUGCUCAAGACUGCAGUGGACAAGGCGCUCAAGAGUGACAAUGGACACUUGGACCUUUUCCUUCGAUUCCUCCUCGGUCUGUCACUCCAGUCCAAUCGGCAACUCUUACGGGGUCUGUUGACACAGCAAGACGACAAUGACCAGAGCAAAAAGGAAAUAGUUCAAUACAUCAAGCAGAAGUUAGAAGAGAAUCUGUCUCCAGAGAGAUCCAUCAAUCUGUUCUACUGUCUGAAUGAACUGAACGACCAAACUCUGGUGAAAGAGAUCCAGACCCACCUUAGCAAAGGAAGUCUCUCAUCUGCUGGCCUUUCACCUGCCCAGUGGUCUGCUUUGGUCUUUGUGUUGUUGACAUCAGAGGAAGAGCUGGAGGAGUUUGAGCUUCAGAAAUUCUUGAAAUCGGACGAGUGUCUCAUUAAAUUAUCAGCAGUCAUCAAAACCUCCAAAAGAGCUCUGUUGAAUGAUUGUAACUUAACAGACAAAAGCUGUUCAGCUCUGGCUACAGUUCUUGGAUCAGAUACCAGUCUGAAAGAGCUGAACAUGAACAAUAAUAAUCUGCAGGAUUCCGGAGUGAAGCUGCUCUGCACUGGACUGAGGAGUGUAAAGUGUGAAGUGGAGAUACUGAGGUUUCAUCACAUUUGUAUUACUCAAGAAGGUUGUGCUGCUCUGGCGUCAGCUUUUAAUUCAAACCCUUCAAACCUCAGAGAGCUGGAUCUGAGUGAGAAUAAAAUAGGAGACUCUGGAGUAACACAAAUCGCCUCUCUACUGGAAAAUCCACAGUGUGCACUGCAGACACUCAGACUUUCAGACUGCAGUAUCACAGAAGAAGGUUAUAAAGCUCUGGCUUCAGCUCUGAGAUCAAACCCUUCACACCUGAGAGAGCUGGAUCUCACAGGAAAUGAUCCUGGACAAUCAGGAGUAAAGGAGCUCCUUAAUGUACCACAAAAACCAGGCCGUAAACUGACACUGAGGUUUUUGAGUCCUGAUGCAGAGAAAGCCUGUCAGUAUGUGAAUAAAGUUGUGGGUAAAAACCCAUUACUCCUGAAUGAGCUGAAUCUGAGUGAACAUGAACUAGGAGACACAAAUGUAGAGUAUCUCUCUGCUUUACUGAAGGACAAACACUGUCAAUUCAACACACUGACGCUGUUUAACUGCAGUAUUACAGAGAAUCAGUGUUUCAUCCUGACUUCAGCUCUGAAAUCAAACCCAUCACACCUGAGAGAGCUGAACCUCAGUGGGAAUGAACUAGAAAACACAGGAGUGAAGCACUUAUGUGACGUACUGAAGGAUUCACACUGUAAACUGGAGAGAUUGAGGUUUCGUCACAUUUGUAUUACUCAAGAAGGUUGUGCUGCUCUGGCGUCAGCUUUUAAUUCAAACCCUUCAAACCUCAGAGAGCUGGAUCUGAGUGAGAAUAAAAUAGGAGACUCUGGAGUAACACAAAUCGCCUCUCUACUGGAAAAUCCACAGUGUGCACUGCAGAUACUCAGACUUUCAGACUGCAGUAUCACAGAAGAAGGUUAUAAAGCUCUGGCUUCAGCUCUGACAUCAAACCCUUCACACCUGAGAGAGCUGGAUCUCACAGGAAAUGAUCCUGGACAAUCAGGAGUGGAGGAGCUCCUUAAUGUACCACAAAAACCAGGCCGUAAACUGACACUGAGGUUUUUGAGUCCUGAUGCAGAGAAAGCCUGUCAGUAUGUGAAUAAAGUUGUGGGUAAAAACCCAUUACUCCUGAAUGAGCUGAAUCUGAGUGAACAUGAACUAGGAGACACAAAUGUAGAGUAUCUCGCUGCUUUACUGAAGGACAAACACUGUCAAUUCAACACACUGACGCUGUUUAACUGCAGUAUUACAGAGGAACAGUGUCUCAUCCUGACUUCAGCUCUGAAAUCAAACCCAUCACACCUGAGAGAGUUGAACCUCAGUGGGAAUGAACUAGAAAACACAGGAGUGAAGCACUUAUGUGACGUACUGAAGGAUUCACACUGUAAACUGGAGAGAUUGAGACUUUCAGACUGCAGUAUCACAGAAGAAGGUUAUAAAGCUCUGGCUUCAGCUCUGACAUCAAACCCUUCACACCUGAUAGAGCUGGACCUCACAGGAAAUGAUCCUGGACAAUCAGGAGUGGAGGAGCUCCUUAAUGUACCACAAAAACCAGGCCGUAAACUGACAUUGAGGUUUCUGAGUCCUGAUGCAGAUGAAGCCUGUCAGUAUGUGAAUAAAGUUGUGGGUCAAAACCCAUUACUCCUGAAUGAGCUGAAUCUGAGUGAACAUGAACUAGGAGACACAAAUGUAGAGUAUCUCUCUGCUUUUCUGAAGGACAAACACUGUCAAUUCAACACACUGACGCUGUUUAACUGCAGUAUUACAGAGGAACAGUGUUUCAUCCUGACUUCAGCUCUGAAAUCAAACCCAUCACACCUGAGAGAGCUAAACCUCAGUGGGAAUGAACUAGAAAACACAGGAGUGAAGCACUUAUGUGACGUACUGAAGGAUUCACACUGUAAACUGGAGAGAUUGAGGUUUCGUCACAUUUGUAUUACUCAAGAAGGUUGUGCUGCUCUGGCGUCAGCUUUUAAUUCAAACCCUUCAAACCUCAGAGAGCUGGAUCUGAGUGAGAAUAAAAUAGGAGACUCUGGAGUAACACAAAUCGCCUCUCUACUGGAAAAUCCACAGUGUGCACUGCAGACACUCAGACUUUCAGACUGCAGUAUCACAGAAGAAGGUUAUAAAGCUCUGGCUUCAGCUCUGAGAUCAAACCCUUCACACCGGAUAGAGCUGGAUCUCACAGGAAAUGAUCCUGGACAAUCAGGAGUGGAGGAGCUCCUUAAUGUACCACAAAAACCAGGCCGUAAACUGACACUGAAGUUUUUGAGUCCUGAUGCAGUGAAAGCCUGUCAGUAUGUGAAUAAAGUUGUGGGUCAAAACCCAUUAUUCCUGAAUGAGCUGAAUCUGAGUGAACAUGAACUAGGAGACACAAAUGUAGAGUAUCUCUCUGCUUUACUGAAGGACAAACACUGUCAAUUCAACACACUGACGCUGUUUUACUGCAGUAUUACAGAGAAUCAGUGUUUCAUCCUGACUUCAGCUCUGAAAUCAAACCCAUCACACCUGAGAGAGUUGAACCUCAGUGGGAAUGAACUAGAAAACACAGGAGUGAAGCACUUAUGUGACGUACUGAAGGAUUCACACUGUAAACUGGAGAGAUUGAGGUUUCGUCACAUUUGUAUUACUCAAGAAGGUUGUGCUGCUCUGGCGUCAGCUUUUAAUUCAAACCCUUCAAACCUCAGAGAGCUGGAUCUGAGUGAGAAUAAAAUAGGAGACUCUGGAGUAACACAAAUCGCCUCUCUACUGGAAAAUCCACAGUGUGCACUGCAGAUACUCAGACUUUCAGACUGCAGUAUCACAGAAGAAGGUUAUAAAGCUCUGGCUUCAGCUCUGAGAUCAAACCCUUCACACCUGAGAGAGCUGGAUCUCACAGGAAAUGAUCCUGGACAAUCAGGAGUAAAGGAGCUCCUUAAUGUACCACAAAAACCAGGCCGUAAACUGACACUGAGGUUUCUGAGUCCUGAUGCAGAUGAAGCCUGUCAGUAUGUGAAUAAAGUUGUGGGUAAAAACCCAUUACUCCUGAAUGAGCUGAAUCUGAGUGAACAUGAACUAGGAGAUACAAAUGUAGAGUAUCUCGCUGCUUUACUGAAGGACAAACACUGUCAAUUCAACACACUGACGCUGUUUAACUGCAGUAUUACAGAGAAUCAGUGUUUCGUCCUGACUUCAGCUCUGAAAUCAAACCCAUCACACCUGAGAGAGCUGAACCUCAGUGGGAAUGAACUAGGAGACUCUGGAGUGAAAAACCUCAGUGAUCUACUGAUGAACCCACAAUGCAAACUGGGGAAACUACAUCUGUGUGGAUGCAGUAUUACAGAGAAUCAGUGUAUCAUCCUGACUUCAGCUCUGAAAUCAAACCCGUCACAUCUGAGAGACCUGAACCUUAGUGAAAAUAAACUAGGAGACUCUGGAGUGAAAAACCUCAGUGAUCUAAUGAAGAACCCACAAUGCAAGCUGGAGAAACUACAUCUGUGUGGAUGUAAUAUUACAGAGAAUCAGUGUUUCACCCUGACUUCAGCUCUGAAAUUAAACCCAUCACACCUGAGACAGCUGGAUCUCAGUGGGAAUCAAAUAAAAAACACAGGAGUGAAGCACUUAUGUGAUGUACUGAAGGAUUCACACUGUAAACUGGAGAGAUUGAGCUUAAGAGGCUGUGAAAUGACAGAUGAAGGUUGUUCGGCUGUGACUUCAGCUCUGAAAUCAAACCCAUCACACCUGAGAGAACUGGAACUGAGCGGGAAUAAACUAGGAGAUUCUGGAGUGAAAAACCUCAGUGAUCUACUGAUGCAAUGCAAACUGGAAAUACUUGAUCUAUGUGGAUGCAGUAUUACAGAGGAACAGAGUGUCAUCCUGACUUCAGCUCUGAAAUCAAACCCAUCACACCUGAGAGUGUUGGACCUCAGCGAGAAUGAACUAAAAAACACAGGAGUGAAGAUUUUAUGUGACAUACUGAAGGAUUCACACUGUAAACUGGAGAGUCUGAGUCUAAAUGAUUGUGGCAUUACAGAUGUGUCUUCUUUAGCUCAGUCUUUGACUAAAACCAAAGCACUGCAGUUUUUAAAAGAGCUUGAUCUGAGCAACAACAAAAUAGGAGAAUCAAAGGAGCAACUCAGUAAAGCACUAAAAGACUCAAACUGUGAGCUGAGACUAUACAGCGGAAGCUGUCUAAAACAGGCUGGUGGCUGGUUUACAUCCUGGUUUUAAUCUUAGAAACCUGUGAAAUGAAUGAGACCAUCAUUAUCAGAAGAAGGACUGGGUCAGAGCUCGGGUGGGAUAUGAUAUUGGGACUAAACUCAACCAUAAUGAAGUCAUUCAUGUGUUGCUAAUCUUAAAUCUGAACUUGUAUUUCUGUAUGUUUUGUGUUAUAUCUGUCUUGUGCUUUAUAUACAGAACAUAUUUACAUUAACAUCCAGUUCUAAGGAGAGGCAGAUUCUCCUUGUGCAACACAUUUAUUUGAAAGAAACACUUGAUUGUGUUGUUACCUAGAUGAAUAACGACUGUUUAAAGGAUUAGUUCACU